AUGCCCAGUCAACAGCACAAGGAGAUCUGUACGUCCUGCCAGUGUCCCAUUGAGGACCGCUUCCUUCUGCGGGUCAUGGACCUACCCUGGCACGAACAGUGUGUCGUCUGCUCUGUGUGCCAAACACAACUCACACGGACAUGUUUUCAUCGCAACAGGCAGUUCUUCUGCAAAAACGAUUAUGAUAAGUUGUUCCGACGGGCGUCUUGCAACGGUUGUGGUAUGUUUGUCAUCCCCACAGAAUUCGUGAUGCGGGCGAAGGGUUAUGUGUAUCACCAACAAUGCUUCAACUGUAUUGAAUGUGGACAACAGCUCCGCCAAGGAGAUCAUUGUGCAAUAAAGGAUGGACAACUCCUCUGUAGUCUCGACUUCGAGAAGGAAAUCAACAUGAUGGGUUUAAGCCCAAGAAGUGAUGGUUCAGAUAGUUAUGAAGACGGAGAAAGCGAUUGUGGGAAACAUCCUAAGAGACCUCGUACCAUUCUAACAACCAGUCAAAGACGGAAGUUCAAAUCUGCAUUCGAACUAAACCCAAAACCUUGCAGGAAAGUACGUGAACAAUUAGCAGCGGAAACCGGACUAAGUGUAAGAGUUGUCCAGGUGUGGUUCCAGAAUCAGAGGGCAAAGGUGAAAAAAUUGGCACGUCGUCAAAAUCAAGAUGGUAGCAAUUCAAAGUCAGUUGCACAAACAAAGGGUAAAGCUGAGGGUAAAGAAUGCAAGUAUGAACAAGAUGAGGAUGUAGAUCAAGAUUGUCUGCAGAAGUCAAGAGAUGACGAAUCAAUAAGCUCACUAAUAUCGGAGCCCCACCAUAACAAUGUGGAACAGAUAUCCCCUCUUCCGGCAAGUGAAUAUCAUGAGCCAUUUCGAAGUACCAUCGAUCUGGGUCGAAAGGGUUUGGAUGACGGCAUGAGUUGUGUGGAUACAAUGUUUAUGAAUGGAGGCACGACUCCACAUUCACAUUUAGACAGUUCAGGGGUUCCGAAUCCGAUUGACAAACUCUAUUCAAUGCAAAACUCCUAUUUCAGUGUUGAAUAA